CGCAUACCUAAGCAGCAGCAGGGGGAAGCAAAGCGAGUCCGAAGGAUGAAUUUUACAUGCUAAUUCUUGUAUUUAUUUUUCCUUUUAAUCAUUCUUCUCAGGUCUGAAGUGCAUCGAGAGUUUUGUACUUGAAGGACGUGAUGAUUGACGACUUCGAAACCCAUGUGGUCCGAUCUAGUGGAGAUCUUUGGACUGAGGUCUGCUCCAGUCUGCCAAAUCCACAGGGACAGGAUGAUGGACAAUUUACAGACUCAUUUCAGCCCUCCUCUCGAGGGACCCUUCAGCCAAACACACCCAGAGCUUCUUUCAGCCCCUGGGAACCAAUGGCUGACUCUGAAGUUUACAUUGCUAGUUUAGAAAGUCGAUUGAAGAGAAUCAAGGGACAGUCAAAUGAGGUAACAUCCAGGGAGAUGCUCCGUUCCUUGUCCCAGGCAAAAAAAGAAUGCUGGGAUAGGUUUCUUCAUGACGCUCAAACCUCAGAGCUGUUCCAGGAGGGAAACUUCGAUCAGAGUGCUUUGGAACAUUUCAAGCGCUGGCUGUCCCCUGAAAGGGUGGCCAUCAAUGCAGAAGAGCUGGAGUACCUUCUUUUGCCCACACAGAACAGUGAGGUUCCUGCCAGCACGGCCCAAACCGAUAAGCCAUGUGAAGAGGAAGAGUGCCCAAGCCCGGAGAAAUAACAUAUCACAGCAAUAACCAGUUUUGCUCUACUGACCAGCAGUGUUGAGGAAAUUAAGUGUAUAAAGGGUCUUUUUGUGGAAAGCAACUAUACAGUAUUGUGACCCAAUUAAGGGUAUCAUUUAUUUCUCAAAGAAAAAGGGUUAGUUCACCCAGAAUUAAAAUUGCGUGAAACGCAAAAGGUGUUAACCUGAGUUACCAUUCACUUCAUUACAUCUUUUUAAAAUCUUUAAAAUGAAAUUGAAUGGUCACUAAGGCAGUCAUUAUGCCUAAAAUAAUCUUGUGUGUUUCAUGCAAGAAAAAAAGUUAUACGGGUUUGCAACAAGUUGGGUGAGUAAAUCAUGACAGAAUGUUUUAUUUUUGAGUGAACUAUCCCUUUAAGGUAUCUUUGGCUCUGCAUGUUUCUUAAUCCAUUUUCAAUUCAGGAAUGCUGGGCAUCCUCUUUAUUCAUAUGUCAGUCCUAACACUGCUAGACAAUAAUGAUCUAGUGUGUAUAUAGGAUUGGAAACAAAGAUCAGAAAAAAAUACUAAAGACUGUAAAAUAUUAAUUGCCAAGGAUCGCACUACAUUCUUUUCAAUGGCAGAAUUGUAAUUUGUUGAGUCUGAACACAGAAAAUAUUCUUACCAUCCAGAGGAACCUGAACCUUCACUACGUCACGUAACAUUCCACAAAUACUGUAUAUCAAGCGAAUUUCAUAAUUUUUUUUGCUAUUAAAUUUAAAUGGAAA